GAGGCGCAGCCGGUAGCAGCGGCGCUCGCGCUGCUCCCUCAGUGCCUUGGCUGGGUGUGCGCGCGCGCGUGUGUGUGUGUGAGUGAGAGAGUGACCGGCCGGCCGGCGCGCGCGCCCGCAGCUGUCUGUCUCCUCAUCGUCGCCGCGAGCCCCGAACACUUUCUGAAAAUGGCAGAAGCCCAUCAAGCAGUAGCAUUUCAAUUUACAGUAACUCCAGAUGGGAUCGACCUGCGAAUGAGCCAUGAGGCUCUCAGACAGAUCUAUCUUUCUGGUCUCCAUUCCUGGAAAAAGAAGUUCAUGAGAUUCAAGAAUGGAAUUAUCACAGGCGUGUAUCCUGCUAGCCCAUCCAGUUGGUUUAUUGUAGUAGUGGGGGUGAUGUCAACAAUGUAUGCCAGAAUUGAUCCUUCUUUAGGAAUAAUAGCUAAAAUCAACCGGACCCUGGAUACAACUGGUUAUAUGUCCAACCAAACGCAGAACAUUGUGAGUGGGAUGCUUUUUGGCACUGGGCUGUGGGUAGCCCUUAUUAUGACAAUGCGAUACUCACUGAAGAUGCUGCUUUCUUAUCAUGGAUGGAUUUUUGCUGAACAUGGCAAACUUUCCACAGCAACCAGGAUUUGGAUGAGGCUGGUAAAGCUUUUCUCUGGUUGUAAACCAAUGUUGUACAGCUUUCAGACAUCUCUGCCACGACUGCCGGUCCCAGCUGUAGAAAACACUGUCAACAGGUAUCUGGAUUCAGUUCAGCCACUUAUGAAUGAUGAACAGUUCAAAAGAAUGGAGGGUCUUGCCAAAAAUUUUGCAUUUAAUCUUGGACCAAAACUACAGUGGUAUUUGAAACUGAAAUCCUGGUGGGCCACAAACUAUGUUAGCGACUGGUGGGAAGAAUAUAUCUAUCUGAGAGGACGUGGGCCAAUUAUGGUUAAUAGUAAUUACUAUGCAAUGGACUUUCUGUAUGUUGUUCCCACUUCCCUGCAGGCAGCUAGAGCAGGUAAUGUUAUCCAUGCCACCCUGCUCUACAGGAAAAAACUGGACAGACAGGAAAUCAAGCCAAUUCUUCUGAUGGGAUCCACUGUUCCACUCUGCUCAGCUCAGUGGGAGCGAAUGUUUAAUACCUCCCGUAUCCCAGGAGAGGAAACAGAUACUAUCCAGCACAUGAAGGACAGCAGACACAUUGUGGUUUAUCAUAAGGGCCGUUAUUUCAAAGUCUGGCUAUAUCAUGAUGGUAGACUGUUGAAGCCUCGGGAAAUUGAACAGCAGAUGCAAAGAAUUCUAGAAGACUGUUCAGAACCUCAGGCUGGAGAAGAGAAGUUAGCAGCUCUUACUGCAGGAGAUAGAGUACCCUGGGCUAAGGCUCGUCAGGCCUAUUUUGGACGCGGAAAGAACAAGCAGUCCUUGGAUGCUGUGGAAAAAGCAGCUUUCUUUGUGACUUUGGAUGAAACUGAGCAGGGAUACAGAGAAGAGGAUCCAAUGACUUCAAUGGAUACAUAUGCAAAAUCUCUGCUGCAUGGCAGUUGUUAUGACAGGUGGUUUGACAAAACAUUCACUCUUGUAGUGUUCAAGAAUGGCAAAAUGGGCCUGAAUACAGAGCAUUCUUGGGCAGAUGCUCCUAUUGUUGGACACCUUUGGGAGAAUGUUAUGUCUUCUGAUUGCCUUCAACUGGGCUAUACAGAAGAUGGUCAUUGCAAGGGAGACAUCAAUCAAAAUAUUCCUUUCCCCACUAGACUACAGUGGGAAAUCCCUGAAGAAUGCCAAGAAGUGAUUGAGAGGUCCCUGUGCACUGCAAAAUCUCUUGCCGAUGAUGUGGACUUCUGUUGUUUUCCCUUUGAUGCUUUUGGGAAAGGGUUGAUCAAGAAAGCCAAAAUAAGCCCUGAUGCCUUUGUGCAACUUUCCCUUCAGCUUGCUCACUAUCGGGACAUGGGAAAAUUUUGUUUGACAUAUGAAGCCUCUAUGACCCGCCUGUUCAGAGAAGGCAGGACAGAAACAGUGCGCUCAUGUACUGCUGAAUCGUGCAAUUACGUUCAAGCCAUGGAAGAUCCAACCCAAAGUAAUGAAAAGAGGUGUAAACUACUCAGGAUUGCUGCUGAUAAACACCAGCACUUGUAUCGCCUUGCCAUGACUGGUGCAGGCAUUGACCGCCAUCUGUUCUGCCUUUAUGUGGUGUCCAAAUACCUUGGUGUUGAGUCUCCUUUCCUUAAGGAAGUUUUGUCAGAGCCUUGGAGGUUGUCAACAAGUCAGACACCACAGCAGCACAUUGAUCUGGAGAAGAACCCCGAGUUUGUAUCCAGUGGCGGAGGCUUUGGACCUGUUGCUGAUGAUGGUUAUGGUGUGUCUUACAUUCUUGUGGGAGAACACCUCAUCCAUUUCCAUGUGUCCAGCAAAUUCUCUUGUCCUGAGACAGAUUCUCAUCGUUUUGGAAAAAACAUCAAGCAAGCAAUGGUUGACACCAUAACUUUAUUUGGUGUUGGUAUGAACUCUACCAAGUGAUUCCUUAAUAUCAAUGCCAGUGUCCUACCAUUGGGGUGAGAACUCUUCUGAUCAAUGAAUGAAAGCAAGGUGUACUCUGCAACGGUUAGAGGGGCAUUUGGGUCAUAAUCAUCCUGUGAUCACCUGUGAAUAAGGAUUCAACACCUAGGCUGAGGUUCAAAUGUCCCAUCAUUUCACAAUAGCUCAGAAGAGUUCUCUUCCCAUAAGAGAUGACUUUUGACAUCCUAUGUGAUUCUAGGGAUACUGUAAAGCAACAUCAUGUGAAAGAUGUGUACUGUAGGCCUGUCUCAAUUUUGUGUACAUAUGGUAACUUUUUACUUAAACUCUGGGUCUACUUGUAUUUCAUAAAUGAGUGGAUAAAAUGUAUUCAGUCAACUUCAAUCAGCAGAAAGUAUUUGACUUCCUAUGUACUAGUAGCAAAACAUCAAUUAGUAUAUCUGCUACUUCUGUCUGACAGUGACCAGACUUGUGGGUAUUCAUCUAAGUUGUCACUUUUUAAAGGUAUUUCUUAACCUGACAUAACCUAAUAUAGUGCACUAACUGGAAAAUAUACUGUGCUUCAUAUAGUUUGCCGCAUCUUAAUUUUAUUACCAUAUGAACAUACCUGCAUGUUGUAUGAGCCAGUGCCUUAAAAAUGAAAGGCCUCAAAUACAGGGAAACCUUACAUUGUGGGGUUCUUGUUUUUUGAAUUAUUUCUAUACAUUUUCUAUGCUGAACAAGGGGAAUGGAAUUGUAAAUUUAAUUCUCAAGUUGUAAUUUAUUUAGGUGCAACAUCGGAUAAGAGUUCAUGUUUUGACACAUUGCAAUUUGGCGGAGGGCCCCUAUGUGAAAUGCCCCUUUGUCUGUCUAAUGAAAGACCAGUCCCGGUGAGACAAUGAAUUCACUUUUUUUCAGAACCACAUUUCUAAAACCCACCAUUUUGCUGACUAAGUCACAUAAGAUAACUGCUGCAUCUCAUGUACAUUUUCUCUGGGACUCCAGGGAACGUAGCCAUGAGCCACAUACAAGCCCGUUGGGCAAUCCACAGAAGAAGACUCUCGCAGCUAAGGAACUGCAUCUUGUCUACCCUCAUGCUUAGAGCAGCACCCACCACAUUUCCAAACAUCUUUAAGCGGAAAGGAUUAAGACUGUCAAAUGGUAAUACCAGAAUGGUGAAAUCUAGCAUUCCCUGGUCUCUGCCUGGAGAGCGUCUGGGUAGGGCCAGGGAGAAUUAACACAGUUAAUGAGGAAAGCAAAUGUGGGGGGAGGGAGAAAGGGGGAAAAAAACUGAGCAGUACCACUCAAAAAGAUAUAUAAUGGAAAUUUUAAAAGCAGAGUAAAGAAACCUUCACAGUUCAUGGUUGCUAUGAAAUUAAAUGAAGUAGCUUUUUGUGAUACCUCUCUUCCCUGGGAUUCAAGCUUGUGUUCCUUUUAGUCAGUCUUUAUAUCACAUAAAGCCUAAGCAGCAUAAAAUGUGGCAAAUACUUUAUACACAGAGCAACUGUAUAUAAAAGGAUCUUGUAACAUAUACAGGGGUGGUCAGUACAAAAAUGACUGCUGUUCCAGGGCUAUUAUAACAUUAACAGCCCUGUAAAGGAAAAUGUCUAAUUUAUCUUUAGAGUGAGAAUAUGAAUAUUUUCUGACCAUAAUCUUGUUUUGACUCUGCCACGUAAAUUUUUCCCCCUCUGGGUUUCACAUGAAUUUGAUACACAAGUUUGGGAAGAGGCCCUGCUGAAGAUCACAGAUGCAUAGUCAUGUAAAUAUUGUAAUGCAGGAACCCGACAGAAGUGGGCCAGAUAAUUUUUAUUGGGUCAGAUACAGUAUGCAGGCAAGGAGAUUAUCAAAUAAGCCUUACUGCAACUGGCAGGCACUGCAACUGGCAGGCACGGCAUCUAAUCAGACUACUGCAGCAACUUCACAGUGAAUUGUCCUUUUGAAGCUGCAGAAAUCAUGCACUAUUUAUGAUGACCACUGACCAACCUGUAUUAAAUUAACAUUGACAUAUUCACUUGUAGGAGAAUUUUUUAUUAAGAAAAUGUUUAGGUUUGACUCUCAGGUUUUAAAUGUUACAUAUGUAAUUGUAGGUAGUGCAGUUAUCAAUGCAAUUUUACAUUCCUUAAGAGAGUGUAAAUAUAAUUGGCACAGGAAGAGUUCGUUUUUAUUGUACAUGUUGAAAAGGGUAAGUCUUAUGUAUUUUUUAUUUGGAGCAGAUAAUUUCUAAACAUGGUUUGUAUUUCAUUUAUCUUAGAAUGUCAACUGCAUGUAAAUAAAAAUGUGCUCUUUUGGAUGUAAAUCUUAAAUGCACAGUGAAUGUAGGUUAUCAUUAAUUAAAAAAUUUUUAAUCUUCCUAUCCUCUACAUUAUGUAUACGCAGUGAAACUGCUCACUUUUGUUUGCUUCAAAGUUGUAUGAAAGUGACAGUUUAGCUCUAAUUUUUAAGUGUGGUACACAAUACUAAGAAGCACUGCCAAGUUAAAAUAUUAUGUAUAUAUUUAGAAAAAUUCUUGAUUGGUUCUCAACCAGUGAUUUAAGGAGGACAAAGCUAAGGUUGAGAGAGUAAUAGAAUUUGGUAGGAAUUAUAGUAAAUCAGUUAUUACAUGCGAUUGAGGAAUUGGCUGGACAACUCAAUUGUGCAUUUCCAAAAUUUCUAAUAUUUAGCUUUUUGGUGUGAUUUGGGAGACUUAAUAUUUAGGUGUUAACACUUACUCUGGUUGAUGGCCCUAACUAUUUUUAAAGUUUUGUUUUGUUUUUGGUGGGAAUAUGAAUUAGGGUGCCUGACUUUAGCCCCACAAGUUUAAGAAAGUUCCUGAUUUAUUAUGCUUUGCACUAUAUUGAUUUCCUAUAUAGGAUUUACUAAUUUAUAUUGGUUUUAUCAUGCUCAUUUACUUCACUUGUACUAUUUUUUCAUCAUUUAUUUACAUCUAAUACUACUAGUUUGUUCUUUAAUUAUAUUUGUUCUGCCUUUCUGACUCUGAAAAAUAAAAAUUAAAGGUUUCACGAUUAUCA